CUCAUUCAAAGGAGGAGAAUAUGAAGGUCUACGCUAUUGUGUUCAUAGUGUGCGCUUCUGUUGCUUUCACAGCUUGUAACUUAUUCUGCUGCCUAUGCUCAGGCCGAGGUAGAAUUAAGAAGCCAAAAUUAGGACCCGAUGACGUAGAAAUAGGUACGAAGAAGACCGCCACGAGAGACGGGAAUAUGGUUGUUCUGGCUGGAGCUGGUGGUGCAGCUACUGCUGUGACUAGUGGCGAUAAACGUGCUCGUGAUAAGAGAAAUACUAAUACUGGUGGUUGUGGAGCUCCAGUUGGAGGUGGUUGCGGCGGUUGUGGAGGUUAAUUAGGGUUAAUUUGGAUAAUAUUAGCCAUGUUAUGAUCAGUUAUCAUGGCUGGUUUUUAUGAUGUCAUGCACAAUGGCUUUUUCCUCUUCUUGUUGUUCUCUUUCUGUUGCGUUUCUUCUUAUCCUUUUGUUGUUUUCACUUUUUUUGGGUGUAUGUUG